AUGGCAACCCGAACUUUAUUAGUGGGUAAUGAAAUAUCAUCAGUUGUAGAAGAAGCCGCCUCCUCUCAGCCGUCGCCGCAGGAUGCCUCCUCCCCUCAGCCGCAUAAAGCCUCCCUCUCUAAGGAGGAGAAACCCUCCUCCACUCAGCUGCCAUCUUCAAGCGUGGACGAAGCCACCGCCUCUCAGCCGCCAUCAAGUGUGGACGAAGCCUCAUCCUCUAAGCCGCCUCAAGAAGCCUCUCCGUCGCCAUGCGUGGGUAUUGAGAUAUCACCAAGUGUGGCAUCAAAUAGGCAAACAAUAUUGCACAGAGUGCCACACCAUGUGCGAGAAAACAAGAUGCAUAUCUAUGAUCCCAUGGUUCUUUCCAUCGGCCCAUAUCACCACGGCCGGUCGUCAGGGUUUCAAGAGACCGAACAACUCAAGGAGAAGAUCGUUGAUUUGACGUUGAACUCAAAUGACAAAGAUUUGUUCCGUCGCAAAAUCCUCGAGCGAAUUGAUGAGGUCAGAUACUUCUGCGGUGGAAUUUCGACACAUGAGUUCGAUGAUGAUGCAUUGGCUCAAAUGAUGCUUCGCGACGCUUGCUGCGUCUUGCACAUUAUCAAGUUUGAUGUAAAAGAGGUCGACUUAUUAGUUCUUCGGUUGGGACGUACAACAGUUGUGUCCAUGCUUCGUGAUUUCCUAAUGUUGGAGAAUCAGAUCCCGUUUUGGAUAAUCAAGCUCCUAAUCGACUUAGCAAUUGAGGAUGGGGAUACACUGCUAUGCACAUUCUUGAGUGAUAGCAAUUUUGCGGACUAUAGACUCACAGAAGUUCCAUGGAAAGAAGGAGAAGAACCUUUGCACCUUAUUGAAGCCCAUCGCAUUACUCUUGUCAAAGAGGAGAUCGGUGCUGAUAGUAGAUCCCAAAAUAUCGACCGGCAAAAUAACUAUAGUCGAAGAGUUGCUUUUAAAAUUCAAAGUAGCCCACGCCAUUCAGUGACUGAACUUAAAACAAAGGGCAUCCACUUCAGUCCGAGCUCUAAUUGCUUAAAAGACAUCAGGGAGCUUUGUCUUCCUAUUCUUCAUGUCACUAGCAAUUCAAAAGUGUUCUUCUCCAACACUAUAGCCUUCGAAAUGUCCUCGGAAUCCAAUACCGACUAUGCCGUGGCAUCGUAUAUUACUUUCAUGAAAACAUUAAUUGAGAAUACAGAGGAUGUUAGCGAGCUAAAAAAGAAGGGCAUAUUAUUCAGUACUUUGGCGAACGAUAAUGAACUGGUUCAAAUGUUCAAAGAGAUUGACGGUCUAGAUGAUUAUGGGUCGACAGCUCUUCUCGACGUGCAAAUGAAAAUUAACAAACAUUGUUCUAUCAAGACUAACACGUGGAUGACGGAGCUAAUUUACAAAUACUUCCGUAGUCCAUGGACUGUUAUUGCGCUCUUCGUUGCCACCUUUCUUGUGGUCCUUACUAUUCUCCAAACUUACUACACCAUGCGUCCACCAAAAUAA